UGCAUAAAGCGGAGCGGCGGGCAGGAGCGCACAGUCGCGGCGGAGGCAGGAUUUGAAGGCGGUAUAGGAGAACAGCUUUGCACUUCCGUCUAACUCGUCAACUUCACAUCGUCAAGGAAAAGGAAGUGACAUUGGACAUAACUGAACUGAUAAAGGGAGAAGACGGUUCCUUCUAACAUGGAGACAGCGACUCCCGACUCCACCUCUGCACCCAAUGGAGAUGCUGUGGUGCCAGAGGUAAACGUGGAGACAACGCUGGAGACCAGCCUGUGCAGCCAGUACGAGGAGAAGGUGCGGCCCUGCAUCGACCUCAUCGACUCCCUGCGGGCGCUGGGCGUGGAGCAGGACCUGGCCCUGCCCGCCAUCGCUGUCAUCGGGGACCAGAGCUCCGGCAAGAGCUCCGUGCUGGAGGCGCUGUCGGGCGUCGCCCUCCCCAGAGGCAGCGGUAUUGUUACAAGAUGCCCCCUGGUGCUGAAACUGAGAAAACUUAGGCAUGAUGAUGAUGAUGAGUGGAAAGGCAAAGUCACUUACCGGGACAUGGAGAUCGAUCUUACGGCCGCUUCGGAGGUAGAACAGGAAAUCAGGAAAGCCCAGAAUGUCAUUGCUGGGGAAGGUGUGGGAAUCAGUCAGGAGCUAAUUAAUCUGGAGGUCAGCUCCCCUCACGUGCCAGAUCUGACCCUGAUAGACCUUCCUGGCAUCACCAGAGUCGCUGUGGGCAAUCAGCCAGCUGACAUCGGACGUCAGAUUACAGCUCUCAUCAAGAAGUACAUCCUGAGGCAGCAGACCAUCAUGUUGGUGGUGGUGCCCAGUAACGUGGACAUCGCCACCACAGAGGCGCUGAGCAUGGCCCAGGAGGUAGACCCCGAAGGAGACAGGACCAUAGGGAUCCUGACAAAGCCCGACCUGGUGGACAGAGGCACCGAAGACAGAGUCGUGGACGUGGUGCGGAACCUGGUCUACCACCUGAAGAAGGGAUACAUGAUCGUCAAGUGCCGGGGCCAGCAGGACAUCCAGUACCAGAUGAGCCUGGCCAAGGCUCUGCAGAGGGAGAGGGCCUUCUUCGAGGACCAUCCCUAUUUCAGGGAUCUCCUGGAGGAGGGCAAGGCUACCAUCCCCUGCCUGGCAGAGAGACUGACCAAUGAGCUCAUUGCACACAUCAGUAAAUCUCUGCCCCUGCUGGAAAGUCAGAUAAAGGAGAACCAGCAGAACAUUACGGAGCAGCUGCAGAAGUAUGGCCUGGACAUCCCGGAAGACGAAACGGAGAAAAUGUUCUUCCUGAUUGACAGGAUCAACACGUUCAAUCAGGACAUCCAGGCAUUGGUGGAGGGGGAGGAGUCCGUGGCGGGCGAUGACAGCCGGCUGUUCACCAGGAUCCGGCUGGAGUUCUGCAAGUGGGGCCUGGAGAUCGAGAACAAUUUCCAGAGAGGUUAUGAGGACAUUCUCAGACAGAUCAGGAAGUUUGAAAACCAGUAUCGCGGCAGAGAGCUGCCGGGGUUUGUGAACUACAAGACGUUCGAGACGAUCAUAAAGAAGCAGGUGAAGGCCCUGGAGGACCCGGCGGUGGAGAUGCUGCACAGGGUCACCGAUAUGGUCCGGCUUGCCUUCGCAGAUGCUUGCAUGAAAAAUUACGAGGAGUUCUUCAACCUCUUAAGAACCUGCGUGUCCAAAAUUGAAGACAUUAAGUCAGAACAAGAAAAAGAAGCGGAGAAGUCCAUCCGACUGCACUUCCAGAUGGAGCAGAUUGUCUACUGCCAAGACCAGGCGUACCGCACUGCGCUGGAAAAGAUCCGAGAUAAGGAAGCCGAAGAGAAGAAGAAGAAGAAGGAGCCGAUUUUCUUUGAAGAGGACCCUUUGACUUGCUCCCUCUCCGAAAUCCUCCAACACCUGAUGGCCUACCGCCUGGAGGCCAGCCGACGCCUGUCCAGCCACAUCCCUCUGAUCAUCCAGUUCUUCGUCCUGCAGUCCAACGGGCAGCAGCUGCAGAAGGCCAUGCUCCAGCUGCUGCAGGACAAGGACAAGUACAGCUGGCUCCUCAAGGAGCGCGGCGAUACCAGCGACAAGCGCAGGUUCCUGAAGGAGCGGCUGGCGCGGCUGACCAAGGCCCGGCGCCGGCUGGCCCAGUUCCCGGGCUAAGGGCUCCGUCCCAGCCUCCCGCCUCCCGGGUCCUCUUCGUUAGUCCCCGAGCUCAUCCCUGUGGAGCUGAGGGGCCAGGAGGGAGCCACGGUGAGCGAUGUGGUUGCCAGAUGUGGUCGCCAGCGGGAGACUUGAGACCCGCCCUCGCGAAGGGUGUGGUUUGGGAUGGGGGGCCAGCACCGCCUUCCUGGUUAGGGACGCGGUGAUCUUCCCAUCACAGGGUUCCCCUUCCCUGGCUCUCUGCCGUCUUCCUCGGGGACCCACGCCCCUGAGCACCGGAGCAGGGCUGGUGCCCGGUUUCUCCCGUGCCCGUUCACGCGCCUGGUGCUUUAGGACCCUGAGUGCCCGAUGCAUGAAGCUGUAGAAGCCAUACCUCAUUCGUUUGUAAUAAACGUUUCUAACAGA